AUGGCAGGCACAAAAAAUAAGCCCAAGAAGCCCAAGAAACAAAAAAAAGCACUCAUUCCAGAUGGCCUUCUUCCUGCUUACCUAGCCAGUGCAUUUGGUGACCUCUACGAAGAAGAUGGUCUCAUGGUUAUGGCUAGGGGUCUGGGCUGGUUGAAUUUGCUGGCAGCCUUUUGCCGCUUUUAUGGAGAUGUCCAAGAUGGCUACUUGUCACUGUUGAAAGAAGAAAAUCCCAAUGAAAAACGAACCAAGCCACCGCUAGUAAUGGUACUGGGAAUGAAAGACACUGAAUGCGCUGCAUUGACGUCUUUACUGGAAACCUGGGGAACUCCACAUGAGUUACAGCCGACAAUCUUGACCAACGAAAAUGGAGGGAGUGAUGAUCGGAGGGAACUCUACUCGAGAGGUGGUGUUUUUUGCAUUACGAGUCGGAUUCUUAUUGUAGAUCUGCUGACAAAGACAGUCAGCCCCGAUGAGAUUGAGGGAAUGAUGGUCACACAUGCGGAUCAGGUGACCAAUGACUCUACAUCAGCCUUUAUCAUUCGAAUUUUCACCAGUCUCAAACAACGAGAAAAAUGCUUUAUCAAGGCCAUAACUGGUAGGCCGGAAGGUUUGGCCAUGGGCUUUAACAAGGUGGACAAAACACUCAAGGCUCUUCAAGUGCGAAAUUUGUUUCUAUACCCACGCUUUCACGAGCAUGUGAAACAAGAGUUAGAGGUUGGACAGCCCGAUUUGGAGGAGCUACACCAACCCUUGUCACCACUUAUGAGUGAAAUUCAACUGGCUCUCGUCUCGGCAGUCCAGGCUUGCCUUCGCGAAUUGAAACGAAGUACCCCCUUUGUCGAAUGGCAAAACUCGGAACUAUCUAUUGAAAACUGUGUCACAACAAGUUUCGAUCGAAUGAUCACCAAGCAAUUGGAAAAGGAUUGGCAUCGACUCAAGCCUGAAACCAAGCAACUGAGUCAAGACUUGAGGACAUUGCGAACCCUCUUUCAAUCACUGAUUCAGUACGAUUGUAUCAAGUUCUAUUCUUUCAUCAAUUCCAUCAAGACCAUGAGCGCCUCCUCGCGGCGUCCGUCCAUGUGGCUCCUCACACCAGCGGCCGAAGUCAUGUUCAAGAAGGCCAAAGAACGAAUGUAUACUAUUAAAAAAGGAAAACCGACUGCCAAGGUACCAAACCCAGUAAGUCGAUUGCGAAGAGUACUGGAAGAGAAUCCAAAGUGGAUGCUUUUGAAAAAUGUCUUGCUAGAAAUCAAGGAGGAAGAAUCCAAACACAGUCAGGGCAAACGAUUUGCUCCCACCAUUUUGGUCAUGUGCAAGGAUGCCCAAACAACACAAAUUUUGAAAACUUAUUUGUACGAAGGAAAGGACCAGCUCAUGUUAGACCGAUGGCAUCGAUGGUUGAUAACCAAUAAUGAUCGCUCCAAAAAUUUUGUAAACGGAAAAAUACCCGAAGAGACUCGACUGUUGGCUGAAGAAGAAGGAUCUGUCGGCUUGAAACUUAAACACUCGAACCAGGACCGCAGAGCCAAUGCCAAAAAGCGGCAACUGAAUACGGUCCCUGAUUUCUUGCGCAAAAGGCGACGGAUUGCCUUGGAAAAGGGUCGCAAUGGAGCUUUUUCAUCUACCGAAGAUCGAGAGCGUGAAGCUGUAUUGGAAGAAGCCUUGGAAGAAGUGGAACAUCAAUACGAAUCCAAACCAGCAGCAGCGUCAAAACGAGACUUGGUGGCGGAGGGAAAUCAAUUGGAAGAAGAAAUGUACCAAACAAGUUUCAUUGAGGAACCCCGAAUUGUCAUCAAGUCUCUUUCCAGCGUUGAAGCUGACGAGGGUGCUUCGUUGCUCCAAGAUGUUAUGCCCGAUUACGUCAUACUCUACGAUUCUGAUGUCGCCUUCAUCCGAUCGCUAGAGGUUUACUCUGCCAUGAACCCAAUAGAGGACCGCAAAUUGAAAAUUUACUUCUUGAUCUUUAGUGCCAGUGCCGAAGACAAGGUAUUUCGGAAAAACUUAGAGCGAGAGCAAAAGGCUUUUGUCGAUUUGAUUGAACACAAGCAAAAGAUGCCACCUCCCGUGUUGAAUACGGAAGCGACCCAAGAAUGUCGGGAAGCCAUCUUACAUGGUUCCAUUGGGGGGACCUAUGCAGGUGGAUCUCUGCCACUGGCCUUUGAUACUCGGCGAGCCAAGGGAAUCAACAAGAAUGACAUUCGUCGGGACAUUGCCGUCGAUGUUCGGGAAUUCCGCGCUGCCCUGCCCUCCAUCCUUCAUCAAGGAGGAAUGCGGCUGGCACCCGUGACCUUGACCGUGGGGGAUUUCGUCUUGAGCAGUGUCCACUGCAUUGAGCGAAAGAGUAUUAGCGAUUUGUUUGGAAGUUUAGCAAGUGGAAGACUUUAUACCCAAGCGGAGGCCAUGUCCAAGUACUACAAAGUGCCUGCGUUGCUCAUCGAAUUCGAUCCUUCCAAGAGCUUUUGUUUGCAAAACUCGAAUGACAUGGGUUUGGAUAUCAAGAUGGAUUCAAUCUGUUCCAAGCUAGUUAUCUUAACAUUGCACUUUCCUAAGCUCCGAAUCCUGUGGAGUAAGAGCCCGCACGAGACCUUGGAGUUGUUCAAGACACUCAAGCAAAAUCACGACGAAGUGGACGUGGACAAGGCGGUGGAGAUUGGACGAAGCGAUUCAAUAGAAGCCUUGCUCACUACUGAAGGCGACGGCGAAGAGGAGGAAGAAGACCAGAUCAAUGAGGCAGCGAGGGACAUGCUGUUGCGAUUGCCUGGUGUCAAUGUCAACAAUGCUAGGAAAAUCAUGCGAGAGUGCGAAAGCCUUGCCGAGUUGUCUCGAAUGAGCCGCCAAGAGCUCCGAAACAUUGCUGGGCCACUGGCAGGACAAAAACUGUUCUCCUUCUUUCGACAAAACCUAAAGUCUACAUGA